AUGGCGUUGGGGGAUCGCGCCGCAUCGCCGAUGCAUCGGCGGUGCGUCUCGAUGGGGAGCCCGAUCUUCUCCGUGCCGACGUCGCCGAUGCGGCGCGAUCAUUCGACCCCCCACCUGUUCGGCAAUGCCGCUGCGGGCACCUUCUGCCGAAAGGCUCCCUCCCCUUUCCAUACUGCAUUCUCCUGCUCCUUUCCAUCCUACAUCCUCCUGCUUCUCCCCGAGCUGACGGUCGGCGCCCGCGGCUCGGCGACUUGCCCGGUCGGCGCCAUUCUCUCGUCGGAUGCGGCGGACACUGACAGCGGCAAAUAG